CUCAAUCAAGAUACUCCAAGUACUUAUGAAUUGGCGCUGCGACGGCCAUAUCGAUAAAAUAAGUACAGUCCCAAGCGCUGAUCUGACCCUGUUCUUUCUCGCAUCUAUAAUUUUUCUCAAAAAUCCGGACAAGUUUUAAAUAAAGUUACUUAUUACGCUUUAAACGGAUUUUUAUUGUACAGAAAUAUUUAGAAAAAGUGAUGUUCCGAAUACGAGAUCGAUCGAUCGUCGCCGAAAUUGAAUCAGCGUCGGCGGCACGAUGCGACGCUACUGCUAGCCACGACUACUGCCACGAUGGCCGAGGAGGCUGACACAAACGAUAACGCGGCGAUGGAAAGUAUAGCGCAAAACUUACUGGAGGUCAGUGCCGGAGAUGGUGGUCCGACGUCUGCGGCGAACGAGGCGGGCGCAUUGCAGUUUCAGGCGUCGCAGAUAAUCGCGCGGCUGGAGCAGGCGGUGGAACGGCCGACCGACGGCGGCGGCACCACGUGGAAUAAUCCCUUAGGAUUCCUGUCGCAGCCGAAGAAACCGGACGAAAUAUUGGCGUUGAUACAGGAUUUGGUGGUUCACGAAGACGUGUCGCAACUAGCUGAAGCAGGCUCCACGGACGCAGCAGUCAGCCAGAUCGCGGUUCUACCGACUCUGACCGAGGCGGCAAAAUUAGCCUUAGUCACGCACACCGUUUCAGCUUACGCAAUAGCGCUACCGAAGUCACACGCGCAAAAGCUCGCCGGUCGUCUCGCAGCUGAUACGACGAGAUGGCUCAGUCACAUCUUCCGCUUCGUCGACUGUGCAUCGUCCUUCCACGAGGAUCACCUGGAAGGACUAGUCAGAGUGACUCGACUUGCCCUGCACCGGAAAUAUCCCCGAUACAUGGAGGAGGGCUUCACUGCACUCGCUUCUCAACCCCCUUUGAUUUACAGCUCCGUUGCCGCACCCCUUGCCGUUGUUCAGCACUUGUGCAGACAGCUUUCCUUACCGCUUCACUGCAUAAGACCAAUCUCACAUAAUACUAUGUUCGGCUCGAGGCAUACUAUGGAUGUUUCGGCGUUGGAACGACGAUUAGCGGAAGACACGCAGUUAAACAACGUAACGCCAUUACUGGUCUUGGCCGAGGCUGGAUCGGUGUUAACGGGCCACUGUGACAAUAUUACACGAUUACGAGCGAUAUGCGACAAAUAUAAUGUCUGGCUGCAUCUCAGUGGACAUUCACUAGCCGCUCUUGCGCUGAACAACUCGGCGAAAGAUUUGCCGUCAAAAAUAGCGGACAGCAUCACGUUGCCACUUGGCACAUGGCUAGGAAUACCUUCGCUUCCAGUGGUUACAUUGUAUAGAUUAGCAGAUAACAAAGGAGGAAGACCUACUCCGAGAGAUACUACUCUGUCGCUAGUAUCAGGACUGAUGGCAGACUCGCUAUCGCGACGACUGCCGACUUUACCCUUGUGGGCCGUUUUGCAGGCUUUAGGCCGAGACGGCGUGCACAACAGAUUGAAAAGGUGCUUCUUGGCUGUGGAAGAGCUGUACAAUAAACUUAAAGGGUUCUCUUGCAUUAGAAUAUUGAGUCAAUCGCCAGGUGGUGAAACGGAAUCAUAUACUUUAAACGACUAUCUUAUGAACCCUGUGAAUAAUUUACAGUUAUUUGAGGUGGUAGCAAGUGCGUUAGUCUUUCAAUUCGUACCUGCCAACAAGGACAUUCAAACGACGGAACGUGUGUUACCUCAUUACGACAAGUUGAACUCCUGGUUGGGACAGAUUCUUCAGAGAGACAUUGACAAUAUACAAAUCGAAUUAUGUGAUAUAGAGCAGUGUGGUGUCGCGAUUCGUAUCUGUCCGUUGGAGAAUCUCGAGCAGCCGUUCACGACCGAAGAUAUAGACAAUUUAGUGACCUGUCUUGAACAACAAAUAGAAAUAUUACUUGCGACAGUGGAACACAAAGACACCUUCGUACGUUUAGUCUCAGAGAAUGAUUCUUUACAUUUAGUGGAAUUGCCGGAAUGGGCGGGUUUGGGAGGCGUACGUUACGCUCCACCUACUUGGAUUCACGUUAUGACCGAUCAGGCAAGGGAAGAGUUGAACAAACUAAAUAUACAAUUGGUCGACAGUCUGCGCAGCACGGAUGCCGCGUUUUCCCUUGGCGAAGGCGCGGACGGUCUAGCUUGCGUGCGAUUCGGCAUGGUCACACAAGACACUGACUUGGCCGAACUAUUAUCCCUAGUUUUGCGAGUGGGUCAGGAGGUCGAAGCUAAUUCCAAAAUGAUGGAUACUAUCUCUGAAGUGGUUAAGAGAGGCAUCGAGACAGCGCAAACGGAUCUGGAAAGGGAAAACGCGGAAAAGCUGUGGCAAGAGGGUAUUCUCAGGCACGUUCCCGUAGUAGGGACUUUCGUUAAUUGGUGGAGUCCCAUUUCGAAAGAGACGGGCGUCCGCGGUCGUAGUCUAAACUUGCAAGCAGGUGUUGUGGAGAGUACGGAAAAUAUCUACAAGUAUCACAUGCAGUUGCAACCCAAUUUCACGAAUAGUAAUGGCUCUGGCGCGAGAACUCCGCCGCAGCCUCUGGUCCAAACGCCAGUCGGUGCUAGCAAUCAGAGUCAGAGCCACAGCCGAUCGUCCAGUCAUUCUAGCCUACAGAGCGGUAAGAGCAUGCCCGUAAUAAACAGUGCCAGUUCCCAGCCUCAAGUGAAGGAAGAAUCCAGGCAGACAAAGUCGUAGUGAAUAUUGUAUAUAAAUCGAAGGUGCAUUCUUCCCGAGUCAUUAAGUACUUGGGAUAAAAACAAUGUUUUAAACGCUGAAAGGUUUCCUACAGGAGGUACACUCUUUAAGUAACUUGUCGACUGAAUUGGAUAAAAGCUUGCGCCAUGAUUUUAUUUCACCUUAUUCCGUUAACAUUCUUAAUGCCUGUUUCUCGUAGAAAAUAUUUUUCACAUUUACGAAUCGUUGAACUUAGCGUCAACGCGGCCUCUUUUGUAAACUGCGCAAAAUUUCGCUGCUAUUUUCAAGUGAUCUUGACUUAAUCAAUCAUGGGGUGGCCCAUGUACUUAUUGGACUGAUACGUAUACGAAUGUCGCUCUUAUGUCAAGUUUAUACGUACCAAUUUCACAUUGAAUACUUCUUACGGCACAAUAGUUAGAACGGAAUCACCUCAAUUUCUCUCAGCAAGUUUUCUUCUUUUCAUACUUAGCGCACUAAUUUAAAACAUUUGAUAAUACUUCAUGAGAACAUGUCGCAAUGAAAUUAUUUAUUAGUAAACAAGUUUCGUAUUUAAUAUUAUACGCUUCAGCUAUGUUAUUCCGAAAUAUGCUUAUUUUAGAACAGCAUUUUUUCGUCGUUAGAUAAAACUUUUUUACUCGCUAAUUCUCUCUUUCCCUCUCCCUCUCUCUCUCUCUAACUUACUUGCUAAUAUUUUAAUUUAUCUUUUGCACUCUAUAGAUUAUUUUAUGUUUUUAUCCAUAAAUACAACACAUCAAGCAAAAUGUUAAAAAAAGAACAUUACAUUAUGUGAUUAUUUUAUGUAUUAUACUAUACAUAUAAACUAUUAUGUGUGUCCAUUUUACUUUUUAAAUUCUUUUACAAAGAACUUUUUGAAGAAUAGACAUUCGAGCGAAAAUAUUCCAUAGAAAGGUAUUCGAUGGCAUUCGAAAGGUGUAAGCAAUGAACCGCCAAAGAAACUUAUAUUUGCAUGUAAAUGAAUGAAGAUAAUCUGUAUUAUUGCUCCUGUAUUAUGUAAUCCAUAAAAUCAAGAUAAAAUAGUUCAGUGAUUAAGAUUGAUAAAUAAAUUAAAUACUACAUUAGGAAAUAUUCGUAAAUU